AAUCUAAUAGUAAUUUUACUAGUUGCUCUAAUUUUAUCAAUCCGACUAAAUAUAAUGGUUCUUUAUAUCCUCCGUUUACUUCGCCUUACGUUGGAACAUUUAUACCAAAUUAUAUUUUGACUCCUGGUGAUUUCCCUCUGAUUACGCUUUAUAUUUUUAUCACCGACCCUGGAUAUAAUUCUUCCAACCAAACAUCCUUGAUAAUGGAAGCCUAUGAUGCAGGCAAGAUUCUUAUAAAAUCAACAGCAUAUUUGAGUUCUAAAACGAUAAUAAUACGAAAUUACUUGUGUGAUUUAGAAUAUGAUCUACAUAUAAAUUUUAAUUAUCCACUAACCGCAUUUGAAACAUCACCUAUUUCGAGUGCAUUUGUUAUCGCAACCUAA